UGACACUGUAAUGCCAAGACGAUUCAUGGCAUAACUCUGAAUGAACUAGGGUGAUCUCAACCAAUAUCCAAAAAUCCGCGUGAAAGAGCCUAAAUCUAAUGAAAUCAGCGCUGGCUUUCAAAUCGACAAGAACAAAUACUACACUUAGAUCUUCGCUGAAAAAGCCGAGCAGCGAUAGCUAUUUUUUUGUUUUGCUAUAAGAAAUCUUCAUUAUGAUAUUGUCAUUUCGCAUUUAAAAAAAGUAACAAUGAAAGUAAAAUUAACAAUAAUACGAGAUGAUUUUAUAAUAGUGAAUGUAGCCAUUUGGUAUCAUACAGAUCACUAUUCAAAAAAAUUGAUUUAUCUCAAUCAUUGUUCAACUAUCUUACAUCGAACAAAAUUUAUCUCUAGAGUUUUUAUAAAAAUGGUGAGAGCCUUGAGAUAGUAAUCUGAAUUACACCAGUUAGGGUGAUUCGAAUCAUUCCAACUGGAGAGAACUUUGAAAACCUCUAGUAUUUCUCGAGUAGGUUUCCAAGUAUGGUUCCUCAAACAAGAAAAUGUUCGUCUCAUUUUGAUCUAUCUUCUCAUGUGAAACGAGGCAAACAUAAACUAAUUUGGCCGAUUAUCAAUCGAAAUAAUGAAACAAACAAAAAAGAAUAUGUUUUUUUCGAGUCAUCCUUCCUAUCUUUGGAUGAAUAUUUCAUUUUUAUGAAAAGUCUCACGAAACACAAAUAACUCGAUGAAAAAUAAACUACUCUCUCUUGAUAAUAAAGAAUUUGAAACUAUCUAUCAAUUCUCUGAAAAUAGAAAAUUCUGUUGCGUGGAUGAGAUUAAAAAUACCAAUCGUAUAAUCAUUAAUUUAUGUAGUACUAUAGUAUAUAUCUCUCUUUCAUUAGUACGUAGAUUAACGGUACAUACAUUGUUUAAUGAAUUUGGCUUUGAUUAUAUCAAUAAAAGAUAUAAUAAUUCUGACUCAGAUAUUCAUUAUGUUAUACGUAUUUCUUACAUCUUCUCCACAGAAAAGGAUACUUGAUCUUAUGUGGGACACAUUUCUCGAUGUCCAAACACUUACGAUCAACAUGUACUUUUUUGUUACACAAAAUGAGUUAAAUCGAUUAGUUUGAUGUAAAUAUAGUGUUAUAAUAAUUGAAGAAUACAAUAUACGAGUAGAUUAUUUUGUUUGUGAUAUACUUAUAGUAUAUUUCUCAUAGAAAAUGAAUAUAUUUUUCAAAAUGAAUAUUCUGAAACAAGCCAAAACAAUUUCAAUUCAACAUUAUACUGACAAUCUUUAUUAUGAUGGUAUUAAGAAUGCUAUAGAUUUUUUUAUUUUACAAUAAAGCAUGUCCUUCAGACCAUUUUUCACGGCGAUAUUUCUUUUGUUUUUCUGACUUUGUUACGUCUAACUAUACCAUCAUUCGAGAUCAUGAGUAUUUGACAUAUGGAAAUCUUGGUUUAUUAAAUUCAUGUAGAAUUAUUCUAUAAAUAGUUAUUUAAAAUGAAAAGUAUUACCGAUAAAUUUUAUAUGUCAGAAAAACUAAUGCUAAUUAUUUUCAGUUUUUUUUCUUUGUUAUUACAUAAUUGCAUUAUCGUCUAAGAUAAUAUUUAUAGAAAUAUCAUGACAUUUGUUGAUCUCUAUAAGAGAUGAUUCUAUUUAAUUUUCAAGUUUGAUCGAAAAUUGUUCAAAGUUCUAUGCAUAUUGUUUUAUUUUGCUUUUAUUAAAAUCAUCAUAAUUGGUAUACUUGAAUGAUGAUAACAUACAAUACAAUAGUCAUUCACGCUCUGGUGUCUUCUUUGUUUUUACAAAAAGAAAUUAUUUUCCUAACUCAUUUCCCUAUUAUGAAUGAAUGCUUCAUUUUUAGGAGAAAGAUAAAGUUUUAUUUUUGUCUUUGCUCAUAAAACUUUUCGAAAUCUCAAAAAUAUAACAUAUUCUUGAAAUAUCGAUGACAAACGAAAAAAAUUUAAAAAAAAUGUUUUUUUUAUAUUUCUUCUUCAAAAACUACCUUUUUUAUCAUUUCGAUGAUAGUUGUUGUUUUAAUUUAUUUUUCAAAAUAUCUUCUACAAAAUGAAACUGAUUGAUUGAUGAAAUCCUAGCAAAACGAAAAAUAAAAAAAAAUUGACGUUUCUCUAUAAGUGAGGGUAGUCGAACAAGUAUUUAUUUAUCGAUAAAUACAAAAUAUAAUGAUUUCGUAAUAUAAAAUGUAUUUGUCUCAAAAAUGAAUUUUUAGAAUUAGUAGUUUUUUUUUCCACUUUGCCUUACAUACUUUCGUUUGAUAGAUAAAAGGAAACGUAAAAUUGUAUGAGUAACGUAACCUUAUUUUUCUUUUUAAAUUUCAAAAGAAAGAGAAAAUAUAAUCAGAAAAUUUUAUAAUUUAUUAGAUGAUACCUAUAGAAAGUAAUUAUCAAUUAUUGCCUUUCUUUUCUGUUUUACAAAAGAUUUAAACAUUUCUUAGUUUCACGUACAUAACCAAACUUCUAGUGUACUGUAAUGGUUCAUCUUUAUAUAAGGACCCAAACCAAGUUAAUUCAUCAACUCGAGUUGAUUUUAAUGAAGACUUUUCGUUUGAUUACAAAGCCUGAUUCAUUGAACAUAUUAACUUUGUAGAAAAUGUAAUCUUCAUUUUAAGAAUAGUUGAGAUAUUGACAUGGGUAUAAUCAUCAAAAUCUGCCAUAAGAUAAAAUUGAAUUUUCUUGGCCAUAUGCAUCAAUUAUGAGUAGACAAUAAAUGUAAUAAAGGAGUAACUAUCAUUCAUUUAUUAUGAAGGAUAACUGUAUAAAAUAAAUCUUUUCGAUAAGCACGUUCUGUAAAUAUCACAACAAACUAUCAAUGACCUGUAUUACUGAUUUUUAUAUAUGUAUUCAAUUGCAUUCAUAAAUUCAGAGACAUAGUGAUGAAUAUAAAACUCUCAAAAUUAUUUUCAAUAUAUGAUUUAAUCAUUUCCUGAUUGUGGAUAUAUAAAAAACAAAACGAAUGUUGAGGCACAUGCACCAGAAGUCAUGAAUUCCUCUCAAAAUAUACAGCUGAUUAUACAGUAUAUAUUAUCGUUUUUAUUGUCUUUUCCAAAUGUAUCUAUAGGAAAAAAAAUUAUUCAUUUUACAGAUAAUGAAUAGAAAACAGUGAUACAGAAACGAUACUAUUUCUAGCUUUUGGGAAUAGUUUUUUAUACUAAACUACAUCAGAUAAAAUGUUAGUAGAAAGAAGGAAUUGAAUUUAGAUUUUAUAAGCGCUAUCGUUUUUACAUAUUCCACUUUCUUUUGAACGUAAUCUAAUGCAAUGCGUAACGACAAGAGGAAUGCCGUGUUCUUACUUCAUUUGCGACAACUUUUUCUUUCCACGUGAACAAUGCAUCGCUUGUCACAAGGCGCACGUGAAAUCGGUUAUUUGAUCAUAUCAACUGAAUCAUGAAAAUUGAGAAAUAUAAGGAAGAACAGAAUUGUUUUGUUCAUUGAAAAUUCCAAAAACCAAAUGCUGUUAUUGAUCAAAUCUAUUCAGUGUGUUUAAAUAUUCCCGAGUAUUGAUCAAUGAAAUAGAAUAUUGUUUCUAAUUACUGAAAAAAUCACUGUCUAUGAAAUUAUAUCAUAUACUUAGAAUUAAAUGAAGUAUAUUCUGUGUUUUUAUAGAUUACAACUUCAUAGACGAUAAAAACAAAUCUAAGUAAAAAAAUAAUCUUGUCAAUCUAAUGAUUUCAUAAUAGUAAUAGACCAUUGUAGGUGUAUUCGUGUAUUCCAUAUUAUUUUUUUCUCUCUUACAAAAAUUGUUCAACAGAUAAAAGAACUUCCUUUUGUUUUCAUAGUAUUUAGUUUAUUCAAAUCUUUCAUCAAAUUAUGGUCGGUAUAUUCUUUGUUUCGAUUGGAUGGAGAUGUUAUGAAGUUUCAUAAAAAAGACAACAUACUUAACAACUUAUUUAUGUAUUUUUCUCGUUAAGUUUUGAUGUUUUUGAAAAUAAUACAGGCAUAUUCGGACAUAUAUCCGUUUUCCAUAAUUUUAUAAAGACAAUUAGAAAAAGUAUUAAUUAAAUAGGUAUAUACAUAGCUAGACUAGAAUAUUUUUUAUUAGAUUUGUCUUGUUUUCCGUAAUUGAUAUGACAAAAGAACAAAUUGAAGGGUCUUCAUUGCUUAAUAUAGUCAUAAAAAACUAUUCAAUUCUCGCAUCAAUAUAGAUAUUGUUCAAUUGGUAUUUUUUUGGCGAUUUCGUUAUGCAAUGAACUGACGUAGGUAUCGUGUAUUUGUAAAAGGGACACUUUUAUUCCGAUAUUUAUUUUGUUUUUCUUUCCAAAAAAAGUGAACAAACGUGAGUAAAUAAUAGGUGAGAAAAUGUACAAGCAAGACAUUUCAUUUGAAGAGAGCUUGUUACAAUGCAUAAUUGAACUAAAAAAAUAAUAAAAUAAUGUAUAAAAGGAAAUUACUAAGAUUAUUAGUUAAUAAAAUUGAUCUGAAUAUGAGGUAUCUUUAUUUAAGCUUUAUAUUUAUUUAUUUAAAUCUUAUAAUUUCAAUUAGUUUGUUAUCUGUUGACAAUAAUAAGAAAAUAUUUUGUUAUACUCGAAGUACGUUAAUUUCGUUGACUGAAAAGUGUCUCUGCCUUUUUUAGAAAUCAAAUUAUGUAUAGAUCAAAUAUUUGAUUUUGUAAAAGAAAUCUCAAUAAUAAUAAAUCAAUUAAUUAAUCAACCAUAUAUUUCUUUUCUCAUUAGACUUUCAAUGAAAAAAUUUUGAUAAAGAUGUGUUAACAUUCUAUGCGUGUAAAAGAAUUUUCGUAAGAACCAUAUGUUAAGAAGUAUAAGUGAAUCUUUGAAAAGUAGAAGAAAAAUUUGAUCUAAAUGAUAUUUAAAGAAAAUUUCAAACGUCCUCCUAUGAAAUGAUAUCCUCCUCGUCACUUUUAUGAGAAGUUUCUAUCAAUAAAAAGGCUUAUAAUAAAAGACUUAUUGACAUAUUUAUAUUCGAUAUAUAUGAUAGAAUUCAGAUUGAUGCUGAUGCUUAAAGAAUAUUUGUGUAAAGUUUUUUGUUUAAAAUAUCAAGUAACUUCUCCCGAUUGUAACGUAUUAAUCAAUGAGUCUUUUGAUAGGAUUCAUAAACAAUUUUCUUUAUGUUCUAAUAUUUAUUCAAAUUUAAUUUAUGUUUCUUUUUUCAAAUGACCUCAGUUCAAUUCAAAUAGUCAUUUGUCCAAAAAUCUUACUCAUAUGAACUGCUGAUCGCAAGAUUCAAUUAGUAUGAUUAGGUACAACAGAUCAGGCAUCAUAUGAUCAUGGUUACAUAAGAGGAAAAUAAUUUUUGAAUUUUUAUAUCAAGACAGACGAACUCUUUGCCAGUAUUUUCAUAUGAAGAAAUCCAAUAUGAUUUUUUUUUGUAUUAACCUCUUUGUAUAUCUAUUGUGUCUGUUAUUUAUUUGAUUAAAUUAGUAAAUUGAAUGAAGACAUUAAUAGUUGUUUUCUUAUUCAAAUGAUUAAUGUGGAAAAUCAGCUAUUUUAAUCAAUUUAAAUUAAAUAGUCUGGUUGCUUUGCCUUUUAUUUUGAAGAAAGUUCGUUUCCAGAAAAAAGUGCAUUUUGAUCAGAGAUUUCUCUUUAGGUUCUCUAAUAGUGUAGAGCUAAGUUCAAAUUUGAGUGUGGGUGUAGAUAAAGAGAAGACCCCUACCGACAUUCACACACCCUUCAAAAAAAUUUCUUCAAAAAAAAAUUUUUAUCAAGAUCAAAUAACAGGAAAAUUAGAAGCUGUUGGAGAUACAGUAGAACUAUUUCAUUUUUUUUUACAUCCAAAAGAUGAACAAAAUUUAACUCGUGAAGAUCAAGAUAAAGGAAAAGAAUUAUAUUCACUUUUAGUUCAAUUUGAAAUUAUUCAAGGAGAUACAAUAAGAAAAAUAUUUCGAAAUAAUUCACAAGAACGAGAUAAAAUAGAAAAGAUAAUUCGAAAUGAUCUUGAUCCUUCGAUUGCCGAUCCAUUAAUUAGUUUAUUAAAUAAUUUACCAUUUACUAUUAAAGAAGAAGAAGGAAAUAAUAUUCGAAUUUAUCUAAAAGAAAAAAAUAUUUCAAAGUCUGGUGGACUUGCUAAAUAUAAAUAUGGAGAUAUUAAAAGAAAUAUUGAAAGAAUUUUAAAUAAAAUUUUAAAAAAUACUCAAUUUGAAAAUGAUAAAGAAUUAAUUUUGUCUUUACAAGGAGAUAUUCGUUCAUUUAAAAAAGGUUUAAAAGCUAAUUUAAAAGAUUUUAUAGAUCUUCAAGAUCAAGAAAAUGUUCCAAGGGAAUUAAGAUUUUUUUGA